UGAUGGAGGCUGGAAAUGACAGCGAUCAACCGAAGUGUUGCCGGCACUUUUUUGCAUGGUGUCCUACUACUCGAUUCCCUUUGCAGCGAGCAAGGCGGAGGAUUUCGAUGCCGACCCCCCUGGCCACAAACCGAACUCGAAUCGAUUUUACGUUGACAUCAACGAGGGGCUCCCAGCAGCAGGAUUGCCGUCCAAUCAGACCAGUGCAGUAUCUUACUAUGGAUCCCUGGGAGGUCGUGGCCUUAAACGAGCCGGUAUAGCACUAUCAGCAGCAGAUGCAGCAGUGCGCGGUGGUCAAGCUGGGCUUCAAUUCUUACAAAGGAGGCAGGCGUUGGGAUCGCUGAAUGCAGCGCGAAGCGUGGAGGAAUUGCAAUCAGUGCUGAAUGUUAGAUUAUCUGAGUUGGAUGGAUUUUCGUGCACUGUGGCUUUGCAUCGCUUGGCCCGGCUCAGCCACGAUGUGGACAAAGGAGCGGCCCAACGUACCCAGCGCCAGUGGCGGGAUGCCCUUGCGGCCAAGGUGCGCAGUCAUCCUUCCUGGCCCAUCCUGAUGCAGUCUGUGGCGGCUUCCCUGCACGAGGCAGAGCCGCGGCAACUGGCCAACAUGGCCUGGGCGGUGGCCCGACUGCGAGCUGAGGGCGAUGGCCAGCAUUUGCUCCAUUCAGCCGCCAUCCGCUGUGCUGAAAGAACAGGGCCUGGCUCCUGGGAUGCUAUGAGCACAUCCCUGAUCCCAUGGAGUUUUGCAACACUUACUGCUGACAUAAGGGGCAAAGAGGUACAAGAGCUAGUGAGAUCUGUUGGAAGGCUGGUUCAUGAGGAAGGGAGUACCUUUUGGACCCCUGGUGAUCUGUCAAGAGUUGCCUGGUCUUGGGCGAAGCUGACGCAGAAAGAUGACACCUUCUUUCGCAGAUGCAGUUGUUUGGUCAUUGCCCGGCUUCCAGAAUACACGCCCAGUCAGCUAGCGCAAACCAUUUGGGCUUUUGCCACUGCGGCACCUUCCGAUGCCUGCACGCAUCUGCUGCCAAAGGCAGCCGCAGCCAUGCUGGAAGGAGGCGACAGUGACUUGCGCGGGCUCCAUGCCUACACUCCUCAGCACUUGGCUAUGGCAGUUUGGUCGUUUGCCGCGGUACUAUAUCGACCAGAAGAGCUGCUCAAGCAGAUUGGUGAAGCAGUUCCCUACAAGCUCGAAAAGCUAAACCCACAGGACAUUUCCACAACUGCGUGGGCGUUCACAACCUUGCUAGCCAAAGAUCGCACCAUCUACGAUGUGCUUGCUGCCACGUCCAUCCGCACCAUUCACGAUUUCAACAACCAGGAUCUCUCCAACACGGUCUGGGCCUUCGCCUCUGCCGGCGAAUAUCAUGCAGAUCUGCUGGAGGCGAUUGCAGCUGAGACCUGCCAAAGGCCAGAUUUCCAUGGCCAACACUUGGCCAUGGUGGCUUGGGCCUUCAUCACGUUGCGGCAUCGCCAUGACCAGCUUCUAUAUUUUAUUGGUGAAAUGACCAACGGGUCCAAAGGCCUUGGCACCUGGAGCAAUGCCAAGCUACUGGCCUUCACCUUCGCGGGCCUUCCACGGCUGGGAGAUGCAUUGCUGGGGACUGAAAAAUGGACCUUGGGUGCCAUGCAACGGCUGCUGGACCACUUCCAUGCGCAGUUCAAAAACGGGCCUGUUGAUGCGGAUGAUGCCUGGGUGGUUCAUGAUGCCGUGCUCCCUUGGUUGGAGCUGGAUUCCAGGAUGACUCAGACGGUUGGCUGGCAGGCUCUUACCAGAAUGCUUUCAGAACAACGUGAAGCCCUGACUGGUUUUCUUGGGUCGGAAGAGUUCCAGGCCAUCUUGGCAUCUGAGAAGCCAAGGGAGACUUCCAUCAUUCGCCGCUAUCAAGAGUCGGUUCAAGCGUUUCGGAUCCGCGGCUUGGGCAGCGAGCAUUCCUGGCGGUUUCUGAGCCGCCUUGGGGUCCUCAGAUCCACGGAAAAGCUGGUGAUUGGUAGUGAGAUUCGGUGUUUGAAGCACAUGGAUGGCCGAGGUGAACGUCAAAACUGGUGCUACUUCCGUUCUUCUGUGAGUGCCAAUGGGUUGCUGGUGAGGGAGCCAGGGCGUUUGCUGAACAGCACUGUGGUGAAGUAUCGUGAGGAUUGUGCCGGUUUGGUGCAUGUGAAAUUACACCACGACCGGGUGGAUCACCGCGCCUGGGACGCUGAGUUCCGGGCCAUGGCGAGAACAGCAGCAGCCGCCCGAGCGUUGCUGGGGGAUCCAGAUGACGUGCAGCAGGCACAAGAGCUGUUGGCCAAUGGCGCUCGCACUGGCGACGAAAUUCCAUGUGGUUCAUUUCAAGGAGAUGAAGCCCAAGUAGAAGGCCUACUGGAACUUUUUAUGACGGAGGUGCCAUGCUUGUCAUGUAUGUGUGCGAUGGCACAAUUUCGCCGGCGCUUUCCUCGCAUCACCUUGCGUGUUCUGUGGGAUGGUCUGCCGCCAGAGGCGCACUUUGGAUGAAAA